AUGACUACCGCUGUGCACUUAGUUCUUCCAGUUUCAUCUUCUACUUCCAACCACUUAUCACUGUCCGCGGCUUUUGAUGAACCAUCUCAGAAGGUGAUGCAAUCGUACAAUCGAGUCUCCGCGUCUGAGUCUACACUUACCGUGCUCAAGCCAUUGGGUUCCCACAUAACACAGGGUGAAUCGUAUCAAGAUACACUCUUGAGACCCAUAUCGUCAUUGCCAUCGACACGGUCCUCACAGCCACGUCAAACCUUGCCGCCACCUUCCAAGCUGGACCAUCACCAACACUUCCUGUCUCAGGAUCAUAGACAAAUAAGCCCAACUGGGACACAGCAACCGCCCCUCGCGGGGCUUGCAAGACCUACAUACGGAUAUUCGAGAGCCGCUGCUGUUAUCAGUGAACCUUCUGAAAAUUCGUUAUAUUCAGUGGAAGGCAAUAAAGAGUCGACAUCCGAUGCAUCAACUGCUGUUGGAACACCCAACAAUUUCUCCAUGGAGCAGCCAACACAGAUCCAAACGUUCGGUUUGACUACCAGCAGGUGUCGUCUGCAUAUCAGACAACAACCAAGAGCAGCAAGAGCAGGCCCUGAUGGAAAGGACCGAAGAGCGAUCGACCCUCCUCCCAUUUUGCAACUACACAUCCAAGACUUUGACCCAGAUUCGAAACAAGACGUGGCCGAGUUGUCGAGCCCGUUCUGGGUCGUACAUUGUAAAUUAGUGGCAGCACAAACGCCUGACAGAGAUGUUUCCACCAUGUCUCAAACUACUGAGGAUGGACGAAAGGAAGUGCAACGUUUACUUCUCGGCACGACUGUCGCAAGCCCAACCAACACAGCUGAUGAUCCUGAUCCGCCUACACUGGUCCCUCAUCCUCGGUCAGAAGCAGCUAUGACCGCUCCACCAAGUCCAACAUCAAGGUUCUUGCCAGUAUCGUCUUCACGUCCUCCAGACCAGCCACGACCUCUGGACCAAAUCCCAGGGACGUUCUUCAUUUUCGCCGAUGUCUCAGUACGCAAAGCUGGGGAAUAUCGACUCCAGUUUGUUCUUAUGAAAAUGGACACCGUGCACCUGGCCCAAGGUGCUGUCAUCCCUGCCAUAGAUACGGUCACAACAGAUGUUUUUAGAGUUGUCAACGCCAAAGACUUUGAUCAAGUCCAGCCAAGUACUAAUUUGGUGAAGGGUUUACUCGACCGUGGUGCGGGUUUUCCGUUGAAGUUGAAAAAAGGUCUACGAGAAGGACAAAGACGCAGGAGACAGACUUCCGGUGGCGUCUCGGAGGACGAGUCUGAUGACGCGGAUCAGACCUGA